GAGAGAAUGCUUCUGGAACAUGGCCAUACAGCCUGGAAAACUCACAGCAACCCAGUGGGAUCCACUGUUGAACAGCUCUUGCCCUGGCUUAUUGAAAUGGAAUCACGGCCGUUGUCGUUUUAUGGGUCUUUAGCUUUCUCUGCCAAAUAGAGCUGGUACUUAACCAAAUUAUAACUCCCAGGAUCCCAUGGCAGUUAAUGUGAGAUCAAGGUGCAUUCAUUCUAGAGGGUAGAUGUCAUCUCCAUGUGAGUUCAAAACCCUGAACAACCUUGUGGCCUCCGACUCAUUUCAAAUAUCUACGAAUUCAGAACUAAAUGGAUUGGGAUAGCUUUGGGAGAUGCCUGUAUUGAAGGAAGGUUGAAUCAAAGGGUUCAUCUGCACUGCAGAACGAAUGCGGUUUGACACCACUUCAACUGUUCUGGCUCAAUGCUAUGGAAUCAUGGGAGUUCGGUGAAGCACCAGCCCUGUUUGGCAGAGAAGGCUAAAGUCCUUGUGCAGCUCCAACUCCCCACCAUUGCACUGAGCCACAGCAGCUCAAGUGGUGUCAGGCUGCAUUAAUUCUACAGUGUGAGAUGCAUUCCUGCUCACCUGGCACCCUGGGUUGCCAGCAGCUCCUCUAGUGCUCCUGGUCAGGAAGAGCGAAUGAAAGGAGGAGAAAGUCGAGGCGGGUGUUCAUAAAGAGCUUUUUGGAUCGCGUGAGUCUGCAAACUCUGACAAGCCUCCCACAGAAAGCCUGAGGACCACAUGAUUUAGACAUAUAUCCUAUCAAUUAUCUUCAUGGAAACAAGCAAGGAGACAAUGAUGCUUCAGCCAUCUGUUUAAGCUUGGUGAAGAAGAGGUCUGCGGUGAAAACAUCAUGAAAAAACAGCUGAGAUUCAAAGAUCACAAGUGACAUCUGCAAACAUCUAAUAAGUAAAGAUGGAAAAUUGACUACAGAAGGUCUUUGAUGGGGAUCUUUCAGUAUCAUAAGUACUGAUAUUCAGAUGACUUUGAGAUUGCUUUUGGACCAAUGAUGAAAGGAUUAUCUGGCAGUCGCAGUCACCACCAUGGGGUUGUGUAUGAACCACCAUGUGACUCUUUGGUACAUCACUCAGAGAGGAAGCCAUAUUUGUUAAAUCCUGUGGAUCAUCAUCCAUCAGAUCACUCUUACUACACACAGAGAAACUCUUUUCAAGGAGAGUGCAUGGUUCCCUACAAUGAUCAGAUUGCUAGCAGCACAUUUCCUCGGAGACAUUACAAUUCUCAUAAUGAGCUUAAGGAUGAAUGCGCUUUGGUGCCACAUGGAUCAGCUGGCAAAGGUAACCGCAUUCCUGCCAAUCUUUUGGACCAAUUUGAAAGGCAGCUCCCUCUUAACCGAGAUGGCUACCAUACGUUACAAUAUAAAAGAACUGCCGUCGAACAUCGUAGCGAUAGUCCUGGAAGGAUACGCCACUUGGUUCACUCUGUUCAAAAACUUUUCACAAAGUCUCAUUCCCUUGAAGGCCCAUCAAAGGGUAGCAUCAAUGGGGGCAAAGCAAGCCCAGAGGAGACGCAGUCGAUGAGGUAUGGCAAGCGUAGCAAGAGCAAAGACAGGAGGUCAGAAGGAAAAUCCAGAUCAAACGCAUCUGGAUGGUGGAGUUCAGAUGACAACUUGGAUAAUGAUGUUUGCCUUUACCAUGGACCAAGCGGGGUUAUGACUAUGGGGAGAUGUCCUGACCGUUCUGCUUCUCAGUACUUUAUGGAAGCCUAUAACACUCUCAGUGAACAUGCUGUAAAGCCUUCCAGAAGCAAUAAUGAUGUCAAAUGUUCCACCUGUGCAAACCUGCCAGUAACUUUGGAUGCUCCAUUAAUGAAAAAAAGCUCCUGGUCCUCUACGCUGACAGUGAGCAGAGCUCGUGAGGUCUACCAAAAAGCUUCCAUGAACAUGGACCAGACAAUGAUGAAAUCGGAAACUUGUCAACAAGAACGCUCUUGCCAGUAUCUUCAGGUUCCUCAAGAUGAAUGGUCUGGGUACACUCCACGUGGCAAAGAUGACGAGAUCCCAUGCCGGCGAAUGCGUAGUGGCAGUUAUAUCAAAGCCAUGGGAGAUGACGACAGCGGGGAUUCUGACACCAGUCCAAAGCUGUCUCCAAAGAUCGCUGCACGAAGGGAAAGCUAUCUCAAGGCCACCCAACCAUCCCUUACAGAACUCACCACCCUCAAGAUAUCCAGUGAACAUUCUCCAAAGCUUCAAAUCCGGAGCCACAGUUACUUGAGGGCAGUGAGUGAAGUUUCAAUUAAUAGGAGUUUGGAUAGCUUGGACCCUGCAGGUCUUCUUACUUCUCCCAAAUUCCGCUCCCGCAAUGAAAGCUACAUGAGGGCCAUGAGCACGAUUAGUCAGGUGAGCGAGAUGGAGGUGAAUGGUCAGUUUGAAUCUGUCUGCGAGUCUGUAUUCAGUGAACUAGAAUCUCAGGCAGUGGAGGCCCUGGAUCUGCCAAUGCCAGGCUGCUUCCGCAUGCGGAGCCACAGCUACGUGAGAGCAAUCGAAAAGGGCUGUUCCCAAGAUGACGAAUGUUUGUCACUGAGGUCCUCAUCGCCCCCACGCACAACCACCACUGUGAGGACCAUCCAAAGCAGCACUGAUUUGUUGGAUCCAGUCUCUCACUAUGACUGCAAGAUGAUAUUGACCAAUCACAGACCACAAAAUAAGGACGCAAGUCGUAGAAAGCUAGUUUCCUCUUGCAUCACCACAUAUAAGAAGACACCACCUCCUGUCCCACCAAGAACCACCACCAAACCUUUUAUCUCCAUCACAGCCCAGAGCAGCACAGAAUCCGCUCAAGACGCCUACAUGGAUGGACAUGGACAAAGGGGAGAUAUCAUCAGCCAGUCAGGACUUAGCAACUCCACAGAAAGCUUGGACAGUAUGAAAGCCCUGACUGCUGCUAUUGAGGCAGCCAACGCACAGAUCCAUGGCCCUGCCAGUCAGCAUAUAGGCAACAACACCACUACAGUCACCACCACUACUACCGUUGCCACCGUCACAGCAGAUGAUAGAAAGAGAGAUCACUACAAGAAAAACAGAUGUCUGUCCAUUGGAAUACAGGUUGAUGGAGAAGACUCUUCUAGCUCAAGUGAAACCAGAACACCCAGUAAGUUCCAAUCCAUAGGUGUUCAAGUAGAGGAGGAGAAGUGUUUCCGCAGAUUUACCCGGUCAAACAGUGUUACAACAGCAGUUCAGGCAGACAUGGAUUUCCAUGAGAACUUUGAAAUGUCCAUGGACCCUCAAGAAGACCUUUCAUAUCCUGGCCAAAUGUCAAGACAGUAUUCUCGAGAUGCCAGCACUUCCACUGUAAGCAUACAAGGCUCAGGAAACCAUUAUCAUGCGUGCACAGUGGAUGAUGACUUUGAUACAGAAUUUGAUCCUUCCAUUUUACCUCCACCCGAUCCAUGGAUUGAUUCUAUAAUUGAAGAUCCAAUUGAAGCUGUUCAAAGGUCAGUGUGUCCUAGAGAUGGACAUUGGUUCUUGAAGCUUCUUCAGGCAGAGAGGGAACGUAUGGAAGGUUGGUGUCAACAAAUGGAAAGAGAAGAGCGAGAAACUCACCUGCCUGACGAGAUUCUAGGUAAAAUUCGAACUGCAGUUGGCAGUGCACAGCUUCUCAUGGCUCAGAAAUUUUACCAGUUUAGAGAACUGUGUGAAGAAAAUCUGAAUCCUAAUGCACAUCCAAGACCAGCCUCCCAGGAUUUAGCAGGGUUUUGGGAUAUGCUGCAGUUGUCCAUAGAAAAUAUUAGUAUGAAAUUUGAUGAACUUCAUCAGUUAAAGGCCAAUAAUUGGAAACAGAUGGAUCCACAUGACAAGAAGGAGAGAAGGGCCCCUCCUCCAGUGCCAAAGAAGCCAUCGAAAGGUCAGGUGCCACUCAUACGGGAACGCUCUUUGGAGAGCUCACAGCGCCAGGAGGCCCGGAAACGGCUGAUGGCUGCCAAACGAGCCGCGUCUGUCCGCCAGAACUCAGCCACUGAAAGCGCCGAAAGCAUUGAGAUUUACAUCCCCGAAGCCCAGACCAGGCUAUGAAGGGAUCCAUCCAGGAGGACUCUUAAUGGCAAGGAAAUAUCUCUUGUAUAAUCUGCCCUUCUAGGUCCAUGCUCAGAGACACCAAUAAGUAUUUGUAUCCCCUUCCUCCCUGUAUCUCUCUCUCUUCUCUCCCAAUGAAGUAACACUUCUGUGGCGUAGUUGUCAAUCCUUCAAGAGAUUUUCGCUGUAACCACCCCUCGCUUUCUAAAGGUUUACCCACGUCAACUUAGCGCUUUGUCCCAUGUACUGAUGCUGCCAACUGGCCUCAUGUAAAGAAUCCUACAGAUCCACAUGCAAACAAUCUCUGUCACACACAGCCACACACACACACUCUCUCUCUUGCAUACACACAUCCCUGUACAGUAGGUGCACUAAUGAAUUCAUUAUUGGUCCUUCAAGUUAGUCCUUAUCUAGUGUACAGCAAUAUUCAAUCAUAAUGGUAUUUUGGGAAUCCAAUAUUGCAGGGUGAACUUUUAGGAUUCUGUCGUCUUCCUCUUUAAUGGUGAAAGGAGCCCUAACUCAGAAUUCCAUCCUUAUAUGACUACUGUUUGUUUAUUUAAAAAAAAGAUAGCGCACAUUAUUUUUAUCUGGAGAAAUCAUACCUUUUUUCACCUGACAAUUUGAAAGGAUGUGGGGAAAUAGGGGAAAUGUUUAAGUGAAUCUUGCAAGUAAUAAUGUAAAUGGUCCCAUGGAGACAGACCUGCAGCUGCACAAACUGCCAAAUUUUUAUUUCCCCAGUCACUUGAGAGUAUUUUUUUUUUGACCAGCAGAAGAUUGUAAAAUUGAUCUUCCAAGGAAAGAUUGAUUUUUUAAAAGGCAAUAAGAAGGUAAAUGAGAUGAUAAGAUGGAAAUACAGGUGAAGCUUGGAUUAAAGAAAUAUUUUUAUCCAAUUUGUCAUCAUUUUUAAGAUUGUACCAUAUUGUCAAUUCCUGCUGUAAUGUGUGGGUUACACCAGUUUAAAAAGGUGAGGGAGGAGAAAAAUAGUCUAGGUUUUUGUUGGUUUCCUAAUCUUGAGAAGGCUUUCCUAUUUUGCACAUCCUCACAGAGGCAUUUGUAAAUGAAAUACAUGCUUAGAUACUACCGGUCAUCAAAUAUAUCAGAUACUUCACAUCUUCCCCUUUGGUCUCUUCUUUAGAACAGAAAAGACUUAAUUUUGCAGAAUCAAGUAACUUCUUCAGCACAUCAGAUGACUUUGAGUAACCCUUUCUUUCCCUGAAAGACUUCAGUCCAUUCAUGCUUCCAGCCUCUUAGGAAUCAAGACUAGUAAGCAAUACCCUUGAAAAAUGACUGGUGGGAAAAUUAAUUGGUUCUGCCAACAGAACAUGAUCAUCUUCCAAGUGCCACAGAACUGUUGUUUUUUAGAAUAUGGUUUCCACUAUCAUGCUAUUAUAUGCAUGAUAAAAUUCAGAUAUGGUCUGAACCCUGACUGUCACACACAACAAAACUAUCAGAUUGUGCCUUUGUGGUUGUUCAGUUGCAAGGUUUUGUCUGUGCUUGGUUCACGAAAUCAUUUGUGAGGCUUUUUAUUGACUCAAGGCAGUAGGUGAUGGAUCUGGGCUGCAGAGAUUUCAUUCAUUGAUGCUCUCCUAUGUGCCAUGUGAAGAAUCUUGGUUCAUUUGUUCUGUGGAACACCAUUUCUCCCAUGUACAUGGGCACCCACAUUGAGCAUGACAAGACAUGUCCAUCGCUUUGUUGCUAGGCUAAGAGAGAUUUUUAUUCUGUAAAGAACAGGUAGUAACAAAAUAUACUGACCGAGACUGGAUAAUCUGUACUCUGCUUCUUACCAGAGUUGGUAUUCAGUGCCCUUACUGUUAAAACAUUCAAAACAUUCCAGCUGUGAACCCCUUACCUGCAUGGUUAGCAUAACUAUGUAGCUUACAUCUCAAAAAUAUCAAAAAGCUGGCCUUUUUUUGAAAAUAUUUACCUCCCAAUCAUGUCAGGACAUAUCACAUAAUUAAUACAGCAUCAUAGUCAGGUGCUACCUUUAGUUUUGUUCCAGAAUUUGGGAGAGGUAACAGGUACUGGCAAGGAAAAGAUUUUUAAAAAUCUGUAAGACCACUAGAAAAAAAAUGCUACCUCUCAGAGCCAUUGAUAUAUCCAAGCUAUAUGUUUAUAAACAGGGCACAAAACUGUCUCUGCUGUACUUUACAGGCAAAGGGCUAAUAAUUUAAUAUUUUAAAGACUUUUAAAUGAUAUGAUGAAUUAUCCAGUGUAAACCAACCAUGAAGUAAACACUGAAAGUCUAACUUGCAAGGAUUUCAGCUGCAUUUUAUUUCCUAGGGCCUGUUUUUAUUUCAUUUUUAGAACACUUCUCAGAAAAGAAUUGCAGUAACAAUGAAGGCUUACACACUGUUUGCAGUCCACAUAAUUUUUAAAUUGUCACCUUUAAAAUAUAUGAUCAUGCUCUGUCUUUGGAAUAUUUAACAACUCUGUGUAUGAUGAUGUACAGAAUAGUAUCAAACAAAGGACAAUUUCUUAACUUUCUUUGAAGGCCCAUGGAACAAGUGGCUUGAACAUAACUGUACUAAGAUGAUGCCAUAAGUUGUACAGUUUCAUACACCACAAGCCCACAUACAAUUAUUUACUAGUAGAUCUUGUUAUUUUUUUGGCUGUAUUUACACCUGGGUAAAUAGAGGAUCGGGGCCUGAAUUGUGUAUUCUAGGAUAGGUGCAUUUGCAUUUAUACAUCAUAAUUUUGGUAUGAAAUGUUUAAAAAAAUUGGUAGCAUGAUGCCUAGUCAAUCCUAUGGGUUCUUAUGAACAUAAUAACCUUUACCCUAAUUUUUCAGCAAAAAGUGGUGUCCAGACUGUGAACACAACAUGGGGACAAUGUCUACUUUGAGAUAUUACAGUAUUGCAGUGGCCAGGAGUAGCUCCAUCCUGACCAUUUAUUUGUUCUGUCUGUAAGAAACCGACCUUUUAUUGCCUUUGACCUUUUGAUUUAUUACAGAGCACCAUAAACAAGCAACAAGAACAGAAGAUUAAAAAGAAGAUAUAUUUAAGGCACAGUCCAGCCAAAGUUAAGCAUUUGAAUUCCCAUUAAUUUCAGUGGGAGACUUAAGCACAUGCUCAAAUUUCUCCAUUUGAAAUUAAUGGAACAUAAACAGUGCCAGCUUUGCUCGGAUUGUACCCUUAAAGUUUUAACUGAAUUUGUAUGUAGUUUUUUAAAAGCCCCAAAAUGUUACUAUCAGAUUUUUAAAAGUUCAAAACUAUUGGGGUUUUCUGGGUGGUGGGAUAUGAAAAUAGGUUUUUGGCCUCCUAAACCAAAAGUUUUAAAGUAUUUAUUAUAUUUUUUUGCAGAUGUUUCCAUAAAUACUCUUAAACUUUUUGUAAUGACAGAUGAAGAAAUGGAUUAAACGUUUUAAUAUUGAAAAGGUAAAUAGUAAUAAUAAGUUAUUUGUAAUAUAUUUCAGUUUAUUUAUUGAGUGUUCCCUCCAAGUUUUUGGUGUGCACUAUCACUUUAUUUUAAACUUUAUAUUUGUGAAUUUAUUGUUUGUUUGUUUGUUUGUUUUCUAAUUUAUAAUGCAUAUUUGAACUGGAAUGUAAGUCACUGGCAUAUUCACAUUCUACCUGCAUUUCCAGUCAUGAUAAUCAGUGUGUUUUGAUUGGCAAAACUGGUACAACUCGCAAAGCCUCUAGAUGGAGAGGUGGAGAGCAUGGUAUGGCAUUAUGAAUUGAGUUUUCAUAGGAUUAUCUACCUAUCUGGUGUGUGGAUGAAACAAAUGUAAAUAGAUUAAUGUUUCCCAUAAUGUAAAAAAGAGCAAAUUAAUAAAAUAAAUAAUGCACUGCUUGUAA